CUCGGGGUUUUAGGUUGCAGGGUUUAGAGUCUGUUCCUUCUUCAAUGUACGUAACACAUGAAGGAUCAUGAACCAUGGCAGUGACCGGAGUUUCUUCUGCCGUUGGCCGUCUUUUCAAACAAGAUCAAACCCACAAGCGUGUUAUCGCUACACGGCCCAAUUUUACAGUGACCCGUCAAAUUGUUGAGCACCUCGAAGGAGGCAGUGUAUCGAAAGCUGUCUCUGUUCUCUUUGCUUCUCCAGAGCCAGUUGCGUACUGGCUAUACGAGCGUCUUUUCCGAUGUUGUUCCUCGAAAUCACUUGUUGUGCAAGCCCGUAAGGUCCAAUCCCAUUUAGUAACUUUCUCUCCGUUGCCUCCGAUUUUUCUAUGGAACAGAGCUAUUGAGGCUUAUGGGAAAUGUGGGUGUGUUGAUGAUGCACAAGAACUGUUUGAGCAAAUGCGUGAACGAGAUGGUGGGUCUUGGAACGCUGUGAUUACUGCUUGUGCGCAGAACGGUGUCUCGGAUGAGGUGUUUCGUAUGUUUCGUAGGAUGAGUAGGGAUGGGGUAAGAGCUACGGAGACUUCUUUUGCUGGUGUUUUUAAGUCAUGCGGGUUAAUCUUGGACCUGAGAUUAUUGAGGCAGCUGCAUUGUGCUGUGGUCAAGUAUGGGUUUUCGAGAAAUGUAGAUUUGGAGACGUCGAUUGUUGAUGUUUACGGUAAGUGUCGGGUUAUGAGUGAUGCGAGAAGAGUGUUUGAUGAGAUUGAAAACCCUAGUGAUGUUUCAUGGAAUGUGAUUGUGCGGCGGUAUCUUGAGAUGGGUUUUAAUGAUGAGGCAGUGGUAAUGUUCUUCAAGAUGCUAGAGUUGAAUGUUCGACCUUUGAAUCACACGGUUUCUAGUGUUAUGUUAGCUUGUUCAAGAUCCUUGGCCCUUGAGGUGGGAAAGGUAAUCCACGCCAUUGCUGUCAAAAUUAGUGUUGUGGAAGAUACAGUUGUUUCUACUUCCAUCUUUGAUAUGUAUGUAAAAUGUGACAGAUUGGAGAGUGCUCGCAGAGUAUUUGACCAAACCAAAUCAAAAGAUUUAAAAUCUUGGACUUCAGCGAUGUCGGGAUAUGCAAUGAGUGGUAUAACUAGAGAGGCAAGGGAGCUGUUUGAUCUGAUGCCUGAACGAAAUAUAGUCUCAUGGAACGCAAUGUUGGGUGGAUAUGUACGUGCUCAUGAAUGGAAUGAGGCACUGGAUUUUCUCACUUUGAUGCGCAAGGAGAUCGAAGAUAUUGAUAAUGUCACUCUUGUCUGGAUCCUAAAUGUCUGCUCAGGUACAUCAGAUGUUCAAAUGGGGAAGCAAGCUCAUGGUUUUAUUUACCGACAUGGAUAUGAUACAAAUGUAAUUGUAGCCAAUGCACUUCUUGAUAUGUACGGAAAAUGUGGUACUUUGCAGAGUGCCAAUAUUUGGUUCCGCCAAAUGAGUGAACUGAGGGAUGACGUUUCAUGGAAUGCUUUAUUGACUGGUGUAGCUCGAGUUGGCAGGAGUGAACAAGCUUUAUCUUUCUUUGAAGGGAUGCAAGUGGAGGCCAAACCUAGCAAAUACACACUCGCAACGCUCUUAGCUGGUUGUGCAAACAUUCCUGCUUUAAAUUUAGGCAAAGCAAUCCACGGGUUCCUGAUCAGAAAUGGCUAUAAUAUUGAUGUUGUUAUAAGGGGGGCUAUGGUGGACAUGUAUUCAAAAUGCCGAUGUUUCGACUAUGCUAUUGAAGUAUUCAAAGAGGCAGCUACACGGGACUUGAUUCUAUGGAACUCUAUUAUCCGUGGAUGUUGUCGUAAUGGAAGAAGCAAGGAGGUCUUUGAGUUGUUCAUGCUUUUGAAAGAUGAAGGAAUCAAGCCUGAUCAUGUCACCUUUCUGGGAAUCUUACAAGCUUGCAUACGUGAAGGCCAUGUCGAACUCGGCUUUCAGUAUUUCAGUUCUAUGAGCUCCAAAUAUCUUAUAUUACCACAGGUUGAGCAUUAUGAUUGUAUGGUUGAACUCUACUGCAAGUAUGGAUGCUUGCAUCACCUUGAAGAAUUUCUCCUCUUGAUGCCUUUUGAUCCACCCAAGCAAAUGUUAACAAGGAUAUAUGAUGCUUGCCAAAGAUACGGCUGGAAAAAGUUAGGAGCAUGGGCUGCUAAACGGCUUCAUGAUUGAUCAUCACCUUCAGCCACAAUGUAUAACUGAAACAAGGAAACCGUUUCCUGCAGUCAUAUCGGAGCAUAUGCAUAUAGAAGGAUUGAAAUCUGUGGGCUUUUGAAGACCAGGAAGAGCAACGGGAACGAAGCAGUUGAAACAGGAAGUGAACUGAUAAGAGAGACAACAUUAGUCUAACCUGACUCUAUAAAUCAUAUGUUUCUUCAGAAGGUAUAAAAGAUAUGUCUUGACCCCAAAAAAGGCCAGAGCAAUAGAGCUUUUGAGUCUUUUCGCUUGGAAUGUGGUAGACCCUCUGAUAUGUGAUCAGAUAUGUCCAAGCAAAAGCUAAAACAGCAAAGCUUACGUUUUAGCUUCCACAACCAUAAGGUAGUGUUGUUAUUCAUUCUCAUGUAUAAAUUAUAGCUUGAUCUCUGACUUUUCGCAUUUCUGCGACCAAUUUAACACCAUUGUUUUGUUUUGUUUAAUCUUUGUUUUUCACUUUCACAGUCUUGAAAUUUAAAGAUUUCAGAUGUGUAUACAAAGCAGCUGUAAAGUUAGAACGUUUAGAGCUUCAUAUUAGUUUCCCACU